AGCCGAGGGGCGGGACUUCCGCCUUGUUGUUUGGAGGGAAGUUUAAGCAUCAAAACACGUAGCUUCACCGGAGCUGCGGAUAGGCUCUCACUUUGGCAUUUUUCAGGAUUUAAAACAUUCGUGGACAUUUAGUUAAAGAACAACGGAUUAAAUAAAUCUGUCGGCUAAUUGCAUAAAAAUGUAGUCCGACAUGUGUGGGCGGCGUGCAGUUGCUUCUGCAGAAUUUGCUCUGUUAGCUAACAUCGGCUGCAUGUUCUCCACAGCUUUCGGAUUGAUUUCACCAUGAGCUAAACUAAAAAAAAGAGACUGCAAGUAAGUUGGCAUAGCUUUGCGCGAACAUCGAUCACCAUGGAUGGCACCAGGAGGAGGCUGGCGAGUCAGCUGUGCGCCGCGGUGAACAACGGAGAUCCCAGAUCUGUGCAGCUGCUCCUAUCUAAGGGCGCAAGCCCUAACCUGGUGGGAAGAAAAGGUGUGGCAGCGAUACACUUGGCCGUCGGUAGGGAAACGGAGAAGAACAUGCGCUGCUUGAAAAUGUUGCUGCAGCAUGAAGCUGACCCCAAUAUCAGGUCUUCUGAGGGUCUAACUCCUCUUCAUGUUGCUGCUAUUUGGGGAUGUUGUCAAAAUCUCAAGGUGCUCCUAACGAAUGGAGGGAACCCACAUAUGAAAGAUAAUGAAGGGAACACACCGGCCAAGCUCGCAGAGCAACAUGACAAUAAAAGAUGUGCCCGUCUUCUUCAACAAUACCAGUUCAGCUCAGCUGACACGGAAGAGGAGGAGGACUUCCCUCAUUAUCAGUACUCUGUGUGCUCAGACCAGACUGACAUGUCCGGCUAUCCUGAAUCCGACUGCAGCUUCAGUUCCAGUCACGUCGGACUUAGCAGCACGAGGCUUUCAUCCCUUUUCAACUUGUCUAACAUCAACGGAGGACCAAGUUGCAGGGGGGUAUCGUUUGCCGGACCUUCUGUCCUAUCAAGCACUCGCAUUUCUGCAGCAAGACCUGCAGCUCCAAAAGAGGAGGUUUCAUGUUUUGAGGAAGCGUUAAUUACAAAGGAUAAUGAACAGGCAGCUCCUGACAAUGGUGUUAUAUCUCCUUCCAGAAUGAAUGCUCCUCCCGAGUUUUUCUCCAGGCGAGCAAGUCGGAAGAGUGUUAGCUUCCUAAAUGUAGAUGAAUAUUUUCCUGUUUUCAGCCCCAAAUCCCCCCCCGAGCAAAGCAGUGAAAUCAUCCAGUGCCCGGACGCGUUACCGUUCGACAUGGCUGAAUACCCCGACUUUCUAGACUCAGAUCGCAUGGCCAGCGUUUUGCCACAGCAGGGGAUCGACGUGACAUCGCCGGACCAUGUGUUCGUCUUCUGUAGGGACAGCAGUGAAAGCACAGAGGAGGACUUGGAGAAAACGGUCAUCGGUCACAUUUCUCUCAAACUGGAUGAUGAUGAACCGGAAGGGCAGAACAACAAUACCAGAGAACCUCCGGUGAAUCCUUCUGAACGACAGGAGCAGGCCCAUUUGGCCAGUAGCAGCAGCGGGACUAGUGGCAGUCAUUACAGUAGCUGCGAGAGUGACCACUACACCAGCUGUCUGGAUCCUCCUGUACCCCCAGAACAGCCUGUAUUCCCUCCAGUGGAGGGCCCUCAAUCGGACAAAAGGACCAAACUGGAUUCUACAGAGUCUGAGAAUGAACUUUUAAAGGGAGAUGACAUUGUUCAAGCAGAACCAAAGACAGACUCAAAACCUGAAACCACAGAGCCUUUAUCAGACUUGUUUGAUAAACUGACCAUGGCUGAAGAACAAAAGGUUUCGGGAGCUUGUAGUGGUUCUUUUUCAAGUGCUGCAAAACAACUACAUGUGGUCAGACAAGAUGGUGAGGUAUCAGAGGAAACCAGUGCACUCAAAUUCACACCCAGCCCCUUUGUGACCGGCAGGACGCGGUCUAGAUUGAGCCGCUGCUCGAUGAGAACGAGCAGAACCCCGGAGAGCCUGUCAAUGGCUUCCUUGUUUGAGGAUACGCUGCCGAUGCCAGUUCGGACAAUCCGGCAGACGCCCAGGUCUCAUGGCAGCGGACGUUGUUUCAACUCACCUUAUACUCCUGGUUACGCGACAGAGUCUUCGGAGAGAUGCGCCGAAGGAGAUUCGCUACCCGAGGAGAGCCAGGACACGCAGUCCGGCACCCUUAGCGGUCCAAGCGCCAGUAACAGCCAAGCUGAUACUCUCAUUCUGCACAAGAGCCUAUCUGACUCUGCUGAGUCACAGUCACAGUCUUUGGAUGACACCGUCGUGUUAGAAAAGAACCAGGACAACUCGAUUGACGCUUAUGUAAGAAAUCUGGCUGAGAUCAUCCGCGCCGUCAGAGGACAGAACCGAGAUCUUUCUGAAGACGGAGAAAUGACGGAUGACCUGGCUAGUUCGAACGAGGCAAAAGCAGAAGACCCGACAGCUGAGGAUCAGGCAGAGAGUUUUCACAAUGAUGACGUCUGGGUCACUGAAGACUCCAGCUCACGGUCCGACUCCGCGUCCUCUUCGUCCACCUCCGCCUGUCUUUCUCCAAGGAGGUCCACAGAGGACUCUGACCCUCCCUGCACCCCAGGCACCGGGUGCACCCCGAGGUACAGCAUGAGCCGGCUGUCGAGCUGCCACCGACCACAGCGCCUGGCAAACUUGUCUUUCACCCCCGGCGGGCGUCCAGUCAUUCAGGACCUGGACGAACCGACGGAGUACCUCUACACCGAUACAGAGCAAGGCCACAAGUUCAUCGAGACGCACGUCCCACCCACGUCGGACACCUCGCUCAGCUCUGGCCCGAGUACCAGCGUCUGUGACGAGACCGUUCUGUACGACUGGCGAUCCUUGCAAACUGCAAUGAAGAGCAACAAAGGCAAAGAGAACCAGCAACCCGAGGAGGCAGCGGCUCAGGAAGAGGUGCCUGAUAAAGCUGCGGGCAAACUGUUGACAGAUACUAGAGGAAUGACUGACAGGGAGCUGAGACUGAGGCUGGUGGAGCUGGGAGAGAGCCCGGGCCCCAUCAGCAGCCGCACCAGGCCCACUUACCUGAGAAGGCUGUGCAGCCUGAUGCAGGAGGAAAACUGCAGGACACAGCAUCCCAGGAAGCCGUCCGACCAUCCCCAGAAAGAUUUAGGUUAUAGUCCAGAACUCUGUCGGGUCCUGCAGACGUUCCAGCUGCCCAGCUCCCACGAUGAUGAGCAGACUUUGUGCCAGCAGUUCGACCAGCCGGACCAAAACAGGAAGUGGAGGGAGGGCAUUAUCAAGUCCAGCUUCAACUACCUGCUGCUUGACCCCAGGGUGACAAAAAACCUCCCAUUCCGCAGUCACACCAUAACUCCCCAGGAGUGUUUUCAGACUUUCAUCCGCGCCAUAUUUUACGUGGGCAAAGGAAAACGCUCCCGCCCCUACAGUCACCUUUACGAAGCUCUAGAGUACUACCGAGGGGAGAAGACCGCUAAGAAACUGUGUGCAAAAGUACAGCACAUCCUGCAGGUGUGGGCCGCCGAACAGGGAGUCAUCUCUCUCCACUGCUUUCAGAACGUCAUUCCUGUGGAAGCUUACACAAGAGAGGCCUGCAUGGUGGAGGCUAUCGGGCUGAAAAUGCUGACCAAUCAGAAGCGAGGAGAUUUCUAUGGCGUCGUGUCCACAUGGGAGCUGAAGAGGAAACGGGAGCUCGGGAUCAACCUGCUAUACAGAGCCAUGCAGAUCUUCCUGGCUGAGGGUGAGAGACAGCUUAGACCAGCAGACAUCAGGCAGUAAAGAGACCCUCCACCCCCCUAACGCUGACGGGGUGAAAUACCACUAUGUACAUGAACAAAGGCUUGGUGAUUUUAAAACUUUCCUUCGGUGAAAGGAACCAUCAGGGAAAAAAUUUUUUUUUAACGAUCAGCAUUUAAGACGAGCCAUCCUUCCUGUGCGAAAGUAUUCCUGAGUCAAAUUGAUCACCACCAGUGAAUCUGAACCAGCAUUAUUUCUUCACACCCUUUAACUGAACAUUGAACCCCGCCUGUUCUCUAUAUCCAAGGAGUCAUUGAACAUGUUUGUUGAGAUUGUUUCGUCUGUGUUGUGUAGUUUUUGAGAAAUGGACAUUUUGAUUAGACUUACUUUAAUAAUUAUUCUUUGUUUUAUUAGGUUGAUUUAUUUUUUUUCACAUGUCAAAAAAGUCAAGAUAAGGUUGUGUUUGUCAAAUUAGUCUACAAUUAUGUGUCGUGUGUUGCGCUGUGCAUUACUUCUGAUUUCUUUUAUAGUAAAAAAAAGAAAGCUCCCCAUCUUGAAUGAUGAACAAAUGUUUUUGUAGUUAAUGAAAUUUGUUUUUUUAAUAUUCUGAUUACACUGUCUAUUUGACUGUUUUGUUGUUUUCUCUUUACAUAUCUUUUAGUUUUUCUAAAUACAAAGGGAGAAUGCAGAAACUUAGAAUAAACCAGACCCUUUUCAUUUUUCA